AUCGUGACGGUUGUCCAUUACUCUGGUGGUUACGCUUUAUCAGGCGGUUGUCAGCUAGACGACCAGCAUCAUUGUACGACGACCAUGGCCUACUUCUGAAGACCGUGCGGAUUCCCUCAACCUUCCAAAAUUCAACCACCACACAAUUCAAGGUGUAUUUGUAUGGUGGAAGUGUGCACAUCAUACCCGUCGCCACUUCGCCCUCGUCCCUCACUCCACUUCCCAAGGGCGUUCCCUCCGUCAUGGAUGCCGUCAACACCAUCACCCGCCUCCCAGAACUGACCAAAGCUUCUCCAAACGUCCAGUCGGCCAUUCAAGUCAAAAUCAACGGAUUCCCCAGCAAGAUCAGCCGAGAACAGCAUGUUGCCCACGCUUACGUUCCUGUAGGCGUCGCUGCAUUACUCAGGGAGUACCCGACUCUGGUCGCCCAAGCAGUGCAUACGUUCUGCAAGAGAGAUGCCAUCGAUAAUAAGGCCUUACGCGUGAUGCGCCAUUUCCCCCCUGAGACAAGAGUGAUGACAGCAGUACGAUUUAGUAAGGCUCUUUAUGCCCAGAUGGUUGCGAACAGGUACACUCCCGACAUUAGGACCGGAUGGGACCUCCCGAUACCUACUCAUCCUUCCUUCAAGGCCCACGAUCUUGGCAUGAAACUGGCUUGUGGUUUUGAACUACUAGUAUGCACAGCUGGGGGUGUUACCCCUGUGUCCACACCUACAUCAGGGCCAUGCUCUCCAGAAGAUGCUCCAACAUCAAAACUAGAUCUGGCAAACAACCCCAAAUGGAUUCGUUAUCAACAGUCACUUGCAGAAAAGGGAUACUUUCGGGGUGAGCUAGAAGGAUCCCAGUUAUAUAAAGAAUUGGAAGACCGAGCACAACAGUUUUUCAUCACUAACAUGAUGUCUGGUGAUGGAUCUCAUGAUGCUUUGUCAGCUGGUGCUGUCAUCAUUAAGCUGCUUAGUAAAGUGAACAUUGAUUAUGAAUUCUACAAGGAAAGGGCCACACGACUAGUUCCUGCUGAUGAUGAUAGCUGGCUGAAUAUUACACCAGAUGCAUUGGAUGAAUGGUUGGAAUCCAAAUUUGGAACCAAUGGUAAUGAAAUACCAAAGGGAGCCAGUGAGGAAGAAGUUAUGAAUACACUCUCAGCCUUUUUAGGACAUAUGUCUGAUUUAGAAGGUGCUGAAGUCCCACAGGAUUUGCAAGAUCGUAUUAGGAAACUGUCAACGCUGUCAACUCGAAAAAGCUCUUCAAGUAAAGGCAGAAAGGUUUCUAACCUUUCAGUUCACCCUCAAGUCCGCAAAAUUUCCAAUCAGUCCAAUAUGUCUGAAUCAUCGAACAGUUCUGAGAUGUCCUCCUUUUCAAAUAAAGUUGAGUUCAAUGCUGAUUCCUUUACAGAUGCUUUGGCAAAUGUUUUAGAAUUUGGAGUGCCAGAAGAUGAUUACUGGAAUAAUUCUGAAGAUGAAUCUUCUGGAAUGAGCAGCUAUGGAGAAGAGGAUUUGGGUGAUGGAGGUUUAAGCCGCAAGUCUUCAAAUACUUCACAGAAAUCAUCAACAUCAGCAUUUUCUGCAACUUCUUCUGGUGUUGAUACACAAAUGAAGGAAUACAUGAAAGAAAUGGAGCGAGAGUUAGCAGCUACAAACCUUGGGAAUACCUUUGCUUCAAAUGAAGAUGAUGGAGAUGAUGAAUUUGACGACGUUGAAAAUUUUGAGCCCGUAAAGGUUGAUAUGAGAGCUGUGCAGGAUUUAGUGAAAACAUACACAGCACAGAAUGGCAUGCCUGGCCCAGCAUCUUCUCUUCUUGGAUCAGUUGGAAUGAAGCCCAAAACAAAAAAGUAGAAGUUUAAUGUGUGCUUCAUUUCUGUAAUAUAAUCUUAUACAUUGAGUAUCAUAUAUCAGAAAUCAUCAUCAAAAUCAUUAUGAUGAGGCUUGAAGGUGCACUUAAAACUGGUAGUGUUUUAUGUCUUUGUGUAAUAUAUCACUAGUAGUGAGACAUAUCAGUGAAAUGUUAAUCAUUAUAGAGUAUUAACAAUGCACUCAAGAGGACUGCUGUGUUGAGACUUUGCUGGUGCCAGUUUGGCUUAUUGUCAUAAAUCUGUUCAAUUCAAGUACUUUUGAAGCGGUGCAUUAAUGGUUUGCUCAACUGUGAUUUAUUUUAAGUUAAGAUGAUGUCCAUUUUCUCAGCUGUAAUUUAGGGUACAUAUUUGAUAUUAGCUACAGUAAUUAUGACAUGACUUUCCCUUCAGUUAGUGCUGAUAACUCAAAACUUUGACGAAGGGAAAUCAAAUAUGGGCAGUAUCUUAAGGUCACCUUCAUGUGAUAUUAAAAGAUGGGUAUUAUAAUUCUAUUGGGUUUUACUCAUAGAAGCUGAAACGUCUUAGUCCAUUUUAUGGCAUUAUUAAUACUUAAGGUGAAUUGGCUUUGGACCAGUAAGUAUUUUGAUAAUCAAGAUAACAUUUGUGGUUAAAAUGAGAGGCAUUCAUAGGUUAGUGAUUACGUGAUACUCAUGGGAUUUCAGAACUAAAUUUAUGUUGUCAUGUUUAGAUUUUAAAUUUUAAAUGCUAAAAAUAAGAAUAAGUAAGUUUUAACAUUUCUUUCUUUGCUAUCUUCUCUGAAGCAGAAAUUUAAUCGUCUUUAAGAUAACUCAUUUAUUAUAAUUUAUUUUAUUUAAUUGGCCUAUUUAUUAAUGAAAGUACAUCGGGUACCUGUGCAACAUGAAGCUUUAUUCAUUAAAUCAUUUUAUUAGUUUUUACUAGUAUAAAAAUAUGCAUACUUUCGUGAUCCUUUUCACUAAAAUAAUUUUAUUUUAAUGCAGUUUGCUCAAGUUUUCUUUUGAUUUCAUCUCAUUCAUGUUUAUAACUAGAUUUCUAUGUAAUCUUGAGCUUUUUCUAUAACAAAAUCAGCGACCUAUAUGUUCUGUAUACCUACUUCUAUUAAAGAAAAUUUUUUGUAUCUUUGGCUAUAAAUAUAUGAAUAUAGGCA